AUAGGGCUCGAUGAGCGGUGGCCAUGUUUCCUAAAUCACAUGCAUACAGUCAGUUCGAAGUGCUGAAUAGUGUGUUUUCAUUGCGUUUAUACGAUACGAUAGUGUCAAUUAUAUAAUUUGUGUGUGGAAUAGUCGGAAAUAUCGUAGACGAUGUUGUGUUUUGUGUCGUCACGCGUACACGAGUCGUCACGGCAGUCGCGAUUCGCGCAAAAAUGUUGGUUACUGAUGAAUUACAAGGACCAUUUUCAGUGACUAUUGGCCGUUAGGGCGCCCUCAAGCACCAUUCUGUCGGUAUCUCACGAUUUUUCAUUGGUGUUUUAGAUCUUGCUGGCAUGUUUGUGCCUAAGCAGGCCAGACUUGUUGGCGGAGAUGGAAGAAGAAGGUAGUGCCACUGAGUCGUCCAAGUUCCUUCUCUCUCACGAUGACCCUGAGCGGGCUGUUGACCCUGAGAUGCAGGCAAGAUUAGAAACCCUCCUUGAAGUAGCUGGCAUUGGCAAGCUAUCGGGCGAAGGCAAGCACCUAGCAGACCCGGAAGUACUCAGGCGACUAACGUCGUCAGUAUCCUGCGCGCUGGACGAGGCGGCCGCCGCCCUUACGAGGAUGCGCAGCGACCAGCCACCCGCGCACCACCGACACCACCACCAGGACAAGCCCACGCAAUGCGGUUCAACUGCAACGGGCACGACACCUACAGUGGCUUCUUCUGUGGGAGCCGACGGAGCGCCUUCCCUCGCAGAGGCGUGUUCAGACGGCGAUGUUGGCACAGUACGGAAACUCCUCACGGAAGGCCGCUCGGUUCACGAGACGACGGAGGAAGGCGAAUCCUUGUUGUCGCUCGCGUGCUCUGCAGGGUACUACGAACUCGCGCAGGUGCUGCUGGCGAUGCAUGCAAGCGUUGAAGACCGCGGCAUCAAGGGCGACUGCACUCCUCUGAUGGAAGCAGCGAGUGCGGGGCACGUUGACAUCGUGCGGCUACUCGUUGCGCACGGGGCGGACGUCAAUGCGGUGUCGGGCUCGGGCAACACGCCGCUCAUGUACGCGUGCGCGGGCGGCCACGAAGAGUGCGUGCGCGCACUACUCGAGAACGGCGCCAACGUCGAGGACCAUAAUGAGAACGGACACACGCCGCUUAUGGAGGCGGCGUCGGCGGGCCACGUGGGCGUUGCCAAGAUCCUCCUCGAGCACGGCGCCGGCAUCAACACGCACUCCAACGAGUUCAAGGAGUCUGCGCUGACGCUCGCGUGCUACAAGGGCCACCUGGACAUGGUGCGCUUCCUGCUGGCCGCGGGCGCCGACCGCGAGCACAAGACGGACGAGAUGCACACGGCGCUCAUGGAGGCCAGCAUGGACGGCCACGUCGAGGUGGCGCGGCUGCUGCUCGACUCGGGCGCACAGGUGCAGGUGAACAUGCCGACGGACAGCUUCGAGUCGCCGCUGACGCUGGCGGCGUGCGGCGGCCACGUGGAGCUGGCCAUGCUGCUGCUGGAGCGCGGCGCCAACAUCGAGGAGGUCAACGACGAGGGCUACACGCCGCUCAUGGAGGCCGCCAGGGAAGGUCACGAGGAAAUGGUAGCGUUAUUACUGGGCCAAGGAGCGUCGAUUAACGCGCAAACCGACGAAACGCAAGAGACAGCGCUAACGCUGGCCUGCUGUGGCGGUUUCCUCGAAGUGGCGGAUUUCCUUAUCAAGGCUGGUGCGGAUGCGGAGCUCGGCGCCUCAACCCCUCUGAUGGAAGCCUCGCAGGAAGGACACCUCGAGCUGGUCCGAUACUUGCUGCAAGCGGGUGCGGACGUGCACGCGCAGACGCAAACGGGUGACACCGCACUGACGUACGCGUGCGAAAACGGGCACACGGACGUGGCGGACGUGCUCCUGCGGGCGGGCGCCGUGCUUGAGCACGAGAGCGAGGGCGGGCGCACGCCGCUCAUGAAGGCGUGCCGGGCGGGGCACCUGUGCACCGUGCAGUUCCUAGUUGGCAAGGGUGCCGACGUGAACCGCAUGACGGCGAACGGCGACCACACGCCGCUUUCGCUGGCGUGCGCGGGCGGGCACGCGGACGUGGUGAAGUUCCUGCUGGCGUGCGACGCGGAUCCGUUCCGCAAGCUGAAGGAUAACUCCAGCACGCUCAUCGAGGCCGCCAAGGGGGGCCACACCGCCGUGGUGCAACUACUCCUGGACUACCCGCACUCCGUCAUGUUGCCCAGAGGUAACACUGGCUCGGAGGAGAGCGGAGGUCUGAGCUCGGCACAGGCGGCGGCGUUGGGGCUGAGCCACGCGCCGGCGCCAGGUGCACCCACCCAGCGGGCGCUGCUGCCCGCACUCGCGCCGCACCCGCACGUGCAUGCGCACCCGCACCCCCACGUGCACGCGCACGCGCCGCCGCACGUGCCGCCCGCGCAGCCGACGACGCCGCUCGCCGCGCCCGCCGAGAUGCCGCCCAACUUCGCCAAAGUCUAUUUGGAUGGUCGGAAGAAACAGGGCGCUAACGGUACCGCGCAACCCGCCCCUACCGUGAACCCCGCAGCGGCGCCCCCCGGGCUGGGCAGUGUGGGCACGGCGGGGCCCACGGUGAGUGCGCCCGUGGCCCUGGGUGCGCCCAACGCUGCGGUCGGACUCGCGGGCAACAAGCACAAGUGCGGCCGCAAACAGCGCCCCGCAGUGCCACAUUCCGACCACCACCUGCCGCCGCCGCCCGACAUCCUUGACGACCAUAUGUGCCACCACAACGUGGUGCACAAGCAUAAGCUAUCCCUCCCGCCCGGCUUUACUUGGAAGGAUGUUAACAAGAAAUUUAAAAAUAAAAAAGUCGAAAAAAAAUUCAAUAGAGUCGACGUGGGUGGACUUCGAAAUGAAACACUGCCAGAGACUGAGAGGACUAUGCUGACCCCCGACUGCUAUAUACCUGACCCCUCCGGUCCACCGACGCUCGCCACGUCGGCCCUCCACGCCCUCGACCUACAGUUCUGCGCGCAAGGGGUGACGCUGCACUCGCCCACCACGCCGCCUUACCCGCCGCCGCAGCAACUGUUCCCGCUGCAGCAGCUACCCACUAACCUCAACCAGCAACAGCUUCAAGAACUCCAGCAGCAGCAGUUGCAGCAGCUUGCCGUACAGCAACAACACCAUCAAGCAGUGCAGCAACAACAACAACAGCUGCAGCAACAACAACAACAACAACUGCAGCAGCAAAAGAAACUGCAACAACAACAACAACAGCAAGCGGUGCAUCAACAACUGCAACAACCCCAACAAUUACAACAGCAACAGCUUCAACAACACCAGCAACAGCUUCAACAACAACAGCAACAGCUACAACAACAACAGCUGCAGCAACAGCAACAGCAGCAGCAGCAGCAAUAUGUGCAGGAUAUGCAACAGAGGCCUGAAGCUUAUGUACCGCAGACGGCACCGAGCGCGGGCGCGGAGGAAAGUGGGUCGGUGGAAGCCCGGGAGCUUGGCGCGGUGUUGGCCUAUUUGCAGAGAGAGGUGCCAUCGCUCGUGGCUCUGCCGCCCAACGAACUACGCUCCCUUGUGCUGCAGGUUAUGCAACAAAAGUCUCACGAAAUUCUGUCGGGCAAGUGCGAGGAGGGAGUUGACGGCGUUGAUGAAGUUAGCCUGGGCGGGGACGAGGUGGGGCUGUGCGGGGACGGAGAGGGGGAGGGCGACGACUCGCAUGCGCGACGUCUGCUCGCGGCCGCCGAAGAGGCGCUGUCGGCCGACUGGCCGCGCGAACACGAACUGCCGGGCGGUACGGGAUGCCAGUACCGCGCUCGGCCGCCUUCUCCGUCGGGCCUGCUGGACGCGCGGGUGGACCCCACGCUCACGCCCGCCCCGGCGCCCGCGCCCGCAGCCCUCGACCCGCAGCCGCACUUCGCGUUACCGCCGCCCACCUUACCCUACGACGACUACAGUGGCGCAGUACCGCGUGGUAUGGCGCGCUGUCUCGUGGGUGUGAACACCGUGGGCAGCAAUGCGGGAGUGGCCGGCGUGGCGGGCGCGCCCGCAGCCACGCCCGCCACGCCGCAGGCGCAACCGCACGUGAAGAGGGACAAGCACCACCAUGUCAACAACGCCGCGCUCAAGAAAAAGAGUCGUUUCAGCGGGCGCGAGGAGGUUUACGGAGCGCACGCGGCGCCGCCACAGCCCGCGCCGGCCGCCUACUCCGCCAUGGACGUGGACGGCGAGACCGACUCCAACCACGACACGGCGCUCACGCUCGCCUGUACCGGCGGCCACGAGGACCUCGUCGACCUACUGCUGUCGCGCGGCGCGGACAUCGAGCACCGCGACAAGAAGGGCUUCACCCCCCUAAUCCUAGCGGCGACGGCGGGCCACGAGAAGAUCGUGGAGAUCCUCCUCAACCAUGGUGCGGACAUCGAGGCGCAGUCUGAGCGUACUAAAGACACGCCUCUAUCGCUCGCGUGCAGUGGGGGCCGCUUCGAAGUGGUGGAGUUGAUCCUGGGCCGCGGUGCUAACAAGGAGCAUCGCAACGUGUCGGACUAUACACCGCUCUCGUUGGCUGCUUCGGGCGGUUACGUCAACAUCAUCCGCCUGUUACUGCAACACCAGGCCGAAAUCAAUUCCCGCACUGGUUCCAAACUAGGCAUAUCCCCCCUGAUGUUGGCAGCCAUGAACGGGCACACGGCGGCCGUGCGGCUGCUGCUCGACUGCGGCUCGGACAUCAACGCCCAGAUAGAGACUAACCGCAACACCGCCCUCACACUCGCCUGCUUCCAAGGUCGACACGAAGUAGUGAGUCUGCUCCUCGACCGCAAAGCGAACGUAGAGCACCGAGCGAAGACCGGUCUCACCCCCCUAAUGGAAGCGGCGAGUGGGGGAUACGUCGAAGUGGGGAGGGUGCUGUUGGACAAGGGCGCCGACGUGAACGCGCCACCCGUGCCUUCUUCCCGAGACACUGCCCUUACUAUAGCUGCCGACAAAGGGCAUACUAAGUUCGUCGAGCUAUUGCUGCAGAGGCGAGCAGCAGUAGAAGUCAAGAACAAGAAAGGCAACUCCCCCUUAUGGUUGGCGGCGAACGGCGGUCAUCUUGCGGUCGUCGAAAUGCUCUAUGCUGCCGGCGCGGACAUUGACUCCCAAGACAAUAGAAAGGUAUCAUGCCUAAUGGCCGCCUUCCGGAAGGGCCACACCAAAGUGGUCAAAUGGAUGGUCGGGGUCGUAACGCAAUUCCCCUCUGAUCAGGAAAUGACUAGGUAUAUAUGCACCAUAUCAGAUAAGGAACUGCUAGAGAAGUGUCAGGAGUGUGUUCGCGUCAUCCGAGCGGCCAAGGAAACCCAGGCGGCGCGCGCCAACCAAAACGCCACUAUCCUACUAGAAGAGCUUGACGCCGAGCGCUGUCGGGAGGAGAACCGCCGACAGGCCGCAGCGAGACGUCGGGAGAGAAAGAAGAAGAAGAAGAUGGAGAAAAAGGAGGAGAGGCGUAAACUACAAGCGGAGAAUGAUAAAAACUCCUUGUACUGCGAGAAGGCUUUAGCGGAAGAGUGUUCCGAAGGUGGAGAGGGCGACGACGAGCCAGCCGCGCGGGAAGAGGGCGACUCUGGCAUCGAUGCCAACUCGCAGGGAUCCUGUUCAUCCUCUGACGUGAAGGCGCCCCCCGCUCAGAGCGCCAAGUGUAAGAAAAAGAAGAAGGAGGAAAAGGCCGCGUCCGUACCUCCCCCACCGCCGCCCAAGAAACAACCGGACAAAGUAAAACCCAAAAUAGAGUCAAAGCCUGAGAGCACGAGCAAACCGGAUAAGAAACAAGAGAAGGAGAACGUAGCGCCAAGCUCGCCACCCGCUACGCCGGCCGCGCCCGCCAAGCCAAUCGUGCCUGAGCGACGGCCCAGCGAAAAGAAGGAAAAAAAACCCGAAGAGGAUGCCAAGAGCAUUCCCACAGUACAGAAUGUUAGCAAAUACGGCACCAGCUCGCGUAAGAGCCAAGUGUUUGAGUCCAGUAGGCACAAUGUGGACAAAGACGACACUGUGACGCAAGACGCGACCGAUAAAAAUAAAAAGAUUUACAACGCCUAUCAGUGGGAGGGCGAUACCAAGAGCACGUCGCCUAAAAGCGGCGGGGGAGGUGGCGGGUCGAGACGAGAAGAGGGAUGGAAAGAGGUUGUACGCAAGUCUAGCGUACAGACCAUCUCUACACUCGAACCUGGUUGCAAGAAAGUGUCAGUAGCGGCGCACGCAAUAUCGCGGGUGAUCGGCCGCGCGGGCAGUAACAUCAACGCCAUCCGCUCGGCCACCGGCGCACACAUCGAGGUCGACAAGCAGGUCAAGGGCCAAGGGGAACGCAUCAUAACUAUCAAGGGCGGCUCCGAGGCGACGAAGCAAGCGGCGAGUCUGAUCGCGGCGAUGAUCCGCGACCCCGAGGCGGACAUCGCGCAGCUGUUGCCGCGCGCCAAACUGCCGCCCGCACAGCCGCCGCCGCAGCACACGCCCAAGCCGAAACAGCCCGCCGCGAAGACUAGCAGCGUGAGCGUGGUGGUGAGCAGCAACGUCACGCCGAGCCGCGCCACGCCCCCUGCGCGUGCGCAGGCCAAGCCGCACCCGCAGGCCCGUGCGCCCGCGCCGCGACUGCACGUGCACCCUAUAAUCCUGCCGGAAAAGCGUGUACCAACCACCCCCAUCGCUGCCACAUCGAGCGUCGCAACUUCCAGCAGCGGUGUGCUCAAGAGCGCCGCGACCUCGCUGUCGUACACGGGCGCCAUAGUAGGCGGCGCCCGCAGCCACACCUUCGCCGCAAAGCUAACCGCCACGCCGCCCGUGGACACCAAGCCGCGUCCCGUGCCGCAGGUGGUGCCGAGCAGCGGCAACGUGUCCAGCACCGGGGGCGGUGCGUCGCCGAUGAAGGCGCGCGAGUCUCCGCCUUCGCACGUGCUGCAUAAGCUUGAGGACGAACCGCGAGUGCCGCGACCGCAUCAAGACGCGCUACAGCUAAGCCCAGACAAUUCAAGCACAUGGAGUAAUGAAGACAUCCCAGUGAAUACCUCUUCAGCUUUACAUAUUAAUACUACGCCGCAGCAGGUAAACACGAGCUCGUGUGCGGGCGGCAAUACCAGUGCGGGCGGCAGCGGAGGUGGCGCGCAGGAGUACUCCCUGUUCAAAGACCUGUCCAUCGGAGCCGCCGCUGUCUGGGGCUCCGCGGAACACAACGUGGACCCUCUGCCACCACAGGUGGAUGCGAGCAAAGCCCCGGGGUACCGCGGCGGCGGAGGUUGCUCACCUUGCUCUCGGACCUCCUCUCACGGUUCCACGCCACCGCCCCCACCUCCCCCGCCGUACCACCAUCCGAUGCCCAUCGGAAAUUCCGUGAAUUCCAUGGAUAUGAGUGGAUUGGCUCGGAAUGGACCUAUCUACCAAGACAACUCCAGAAAUGGACACAGCAUGAUGCAGCAAGUGGGCAUGUCAGGCGGAGUGUCGGGCGUGUCGAUGGGUCUCGGCUACGUGGGCGUGGAGGGGGUGUCUCGCCUCAACCCCCGCGCGCCCGAUUUCGCCCAGCGGCACCCGAUGAUGCAGCAACAGCAGCAGCAGCAGCAGCAACAACAGCAGCAGCAGCAGCAACAACAACAGCAUAAACACGCCGCACAGCAGAUGUUCGGAGCAAGCAAUAGCGCCGCUAACCUGAGCUCCCUGCUCGUGUCGUACCAGCAGAGUGCACCCAAGAUGCCGCCACCACAUAUGCCCUAUCAGGGUAUGGAAUUGCAGUCGCUGUUGGAGCGCGGCGUGGGCAUGAGCGUGAACUCUGUGAACAUGGGCGGCGUGGGUGGCGUGGGCUGGGGCGACGAGGAGGAGCGCAAGCCGCGGCCCAUCGGCACGGAGCGCGCCUGGAAGCUCACCGCGCCCGACGACUGGCACCACGCGCACCACCAGCACCGCACCGACCACGACAGAUACCAGCAACAAGGCGUGCAGGGCAUGGGUGUGAACGUGGGCAUGGGCGCGGACGGCGCGUACGGCGCAGGCGGCAACGGCGGCGCGGCCACGGCGGCGGCGCUGUCCAUGAUCCACACCCUGCCGCUGCACUACCUGCCGCCCGCCGAGCACCACCACUGGGACCAGCAGCACGCGCCGCACCACGCCACCGACAAACAGCAGGCCUGGAGCAAGUGGAGCCACUAGGGCGGCGCGGCGCCGCUUGCUAUCCCACGAGGAUUAUAUAUAAUUGUAACCCUUGGAAAAUGGUGUAGAUACUAGUGAGAAAGAUUAUAUUAUACAGAUUAUCUAUAUACAUAAUAGAGAAAUGUCCUAUCAAGAAGAACUACUUAUGUACCGACUGGUGUGAUUCAACGACUCCUGCGAGGGAGGCACGAGAGCCUUAGUUGGUUGGCACCGCCGCGGUCGGUCGCAGCUGCCAGUAGCGCUUGUUGGAAUGUGAUUCCGGAGCCUAUGUUCGCGAGGCGUCGCGCCCUGUUCAUAUUUUACACUAUUAUAAUACUGCAUAAUACGAUAUUGAUUCCGACGAGUGGAGCGAUGAUAAAUGUGUAUUGAUAAAUCCGCUUGUAAAGAUUAAAUAUCAUAUAUUGAUGCACUGUAACCACUGGUGUUUUUAAUAAUACCACCUGUUUCAUUAUUAUUUUUUUUUCAAUGAUUCUUUAUUAUUAUUUUUUAUUUUAUUAGGUUUAUUUGGGUAAUGUGUAUAUUUAUAAGUAAAUUAUUACCGAGGACUCGCUGUCUCGAAUAUGAUUAAAGCAGCAUAUGCGGUAAGUUCUAGGCAAAUAAACCGUUAUUAAAAUUG